ACAACACAUGGACCCUCUCAGCACAGCAACUACGAAAUACAAGACUUGGUAUCACUAUGUUACCCAUACGUUCUUUGGAGAAAAUCAUGCUUUUUAUUGUGUUGUGGGGUCUUUGCAGUUUGCUCUAUCUGGAGGGAUUACCACUUAGCAAGAGUUCAAUCAGUGAAGUUCAGCUCAUGCACAAUGUUCGGGAACACAAGGAGAUGUUAGAAAGACAGGACUGGCUUCAGCUGAAGCUCAACAAUAUCAUCAUACCCUCAAUAAAUGACUCCCAAAAUGAGCAAAAAGGAAAAACCAACAACCCAUCCGUCAGACGUUUAAGAAAGGGGGAAGGUGCGGCGUGGAUCUUAAACUGACAUUGUCAAAACUGAUGUUUUGAAAAGCUAAUGAACUCUAAAUAAUGAAAAGUGUUUUCUCAGUAACGCCAGUGCAGGAGGAGGAGGACACAGUAAGUGUCAAUUAAAAUAUAUUAUUGUACUCUGAGAAAGAAGGUGCACUGCUUUCCUUAUGCCUUUUUUAUUUAUUUUCACAUGUAUUUUUAUUUAUUUUUAAACAAUUGUUAUUUAGAUACUGAAAGAUAAUUUUCAGACACUGUGUAGGACAUACAAAGGACAAUGUCUUAACCUUGUAGUAGGCCUCUCUGUUGUGACUGUUUUCGUUUUGGUUUACUGUCCUGACACUUUAAAUGUAUUUGCAAGAAAUAUUUGUCCUUUCUUUGUUAGACAUCCAACAAUUGCACUAAAAUGUGGACCAAAUGGAUGUUUUUAACUGUACAC